AUGGCAGUUCCUGUGCUGCUCCUCAUCUUCUUCCUCUCCUCCCUCCCAUCUCCCUCCCUCUCUAAACUCACCUCCAACUACUACGAUAAAACCUGCCCCGACUUCCAAAAGAUCAUGCGCGAAACCAUCACCACCAAGCAGAUCACCACCCCCACCACCGCUGCCGCCACCCUCCGCCUCUUCUUCCACGACUGCAUGGUCGACGGUUGCGACGCCUCCGUCCUCAUCUCCUCCAACACCUUCAACACCGCCGAGCGCGACGCCGACAUCAACCUCUCCCUCCCCGGCGACGCCUUCGACGUCGUCGUCCGCGCCAAGACCGCCCUCGAGCUCACCUGCCCUGGCAUCGUCUCCUGCUCCGACAUCCUCGCAACCGCCACCCGCGACCUCGUCACCAUGGUCGGCGGCCCCUUCUACACCGUCCGCCUCGGCCGCAAGGAUGGCCUCGUCUCCAAGGCCUCCGCCGUGGAGCCCAGCCUCCCCCGCGCCAACUCCUCCCUCGACUCCAUCAUCGCCAAGUUCCAGUCCAAGGGCUUCUCCAUCCGCGAAAUGGUCGCACUCACCGGCGGUGGCCACACCAUCGGCUUCUCCCACUGCAAGGAAUUCAUCUCCCGGGUGUUCAACUUCAGCAAGAUCUCCGAGUCGGACCCGGCCUACCACCCCAAGUACGCCGCCGGGUUGAGGAAAACCUGCGAGAAUUAUACGAGGGACACGAGCAUGUCGGCGUUCAACGACGUGAUGACGCCCAACAAGUUCGACAACAUGUACUUCCAGAACCUUCCGAGGGGACUGGGGCUGCUCGCUUCCGACCAUGCGUUUGUGGCCGACCCCAGGACCAGGCCCAUCGUGGAGCAGUACGCCAAGGACCAGAAGGUGUUCUUCGAUGAUUUUGCUCAUGCGAUGGAGAAGCUCAGCGUUUACGGGAUAAAGACCGGCAGGAAGGGGGAGGUCCGGCACCGCUGCGACGCCUUCAACUCCAUCAAGACUUGA